AUGGCAACCUUGACCGUCCGAGACCAAUUUCGAGCUGUUAUUCAAAAACUAAUCGAUUCUCCCGAUAACCAACAUGAGCCGCUUACGAAUUUUAUUGGAAAUGAGUUUGUACCGCCAGACGGACUCUUGGAUUCCGUGAAUCCGGCUACUGGAAAGGCGUGGAUUAAAAUUCCGAAUGGAUCGGCAGCAGAAGUCGAUAAAGCGGUGGCUGCGGCUAAGGAGGCAUUCAAAACGUAUGAGAGUUUCAGAAAAAGCGUGUAUUUUCAUAUUUUCAGCUGGAAAAACACAACCGUCCAACAAAGAUCCGCACUUCUCAACAAGGUUGCCAACCUCAUCGAAGAGUUCAACGAUGAAAUUGCAAUUUUAGAAAGUCGAGACCAAGGAAAACCGAUUGGAUUAGCAAAGUUGGGUUUUGUUUCUAGUACUAACAUCGAAUUUCGUUCACAGAGUCAUGGACAUUCCAAGAUGCGUUCAAAAUUUUCGUGAUUUUGCCAACGCUGCCCUUUUCACUCUGUCCACCUCGAAGAUUUUGGAGCAACCCACUGGAAAGUGCAUCAACUACGUGAAGUAUGACCCGGUGGGUGUCGCUGGACUCAUCAGCCCGUGGAACUUGCCGCUUUACUUGGUAAUUUUUCAUAUUUCUGCAAGUUUCCAAGGUGUUUCUAGUUGUCGUUCAAACUGGCGCCAGCACUUGUGGCCGGAAAUACCGCUGUAUGCAAGCCGAGUGAAAUGACGAGUGUGACCGCUUGGGUCCUGAUGCACGCCUUCAAACUUGCCGGUACUGUUUUAUAGAAUCAUUUUACUGUCAAUUUCUCAUUCAGGAUUCCCGCCAGGAGUCGUUAACAUGAUAAUAGGAGAAGGACGAUCUGCGGGUCAGCGUCUAGUCGACCAUCCAGAUGUGAAUCUUAUUAGUUUCACUGGGAGCACUCUGAUCGGAAAGAAAAUCCAGGAGGACGGUGCCAAACUAAACAAGAAGGUUUCCUUAGAAAUGGGAGGAAAGAAUCCCGGAAUUGUUUACUCCAACUAUCGCAAAUCAGACAUUGCUGCUAUUGCAAGGUAUGAUAAUCACAGUGAAAGUACUCAACACACAUUUUAUCAAUGUUCAGAUCCUCUUUCUUAAAUCAAGGAGAGAUUUGUCUGUGCACAAGCCGGCUCUUUGUCCAAAAACCGAUUUUUGAUGAGUUUGUAAAGAGCUACGUAGAAGAAGCGAAAAAGGUAUCUGAUUUCACGAAAAGCGAAUAAAUAAACUUGGAUUAUUUUCAGUUCACUGUCGGAGAUCCAAAAACUGGAGUGAACAUUGGUGCGAUGAACUCGAAAGUUCAUUUUGAGAAAGUAAAGAGCUACAUUGAAUUAGCAAAACAAGAAGGCGGACAAAUUCUCUGUGGGGGCGUAACUUCUGUUCCAAACGGUUGUGAGAACGUCUGUAAACCCUUCAUAUCAAUGUUCCAAAUGCUAUGAGUUCAGGGUUACUUCAUUUCUCCGACAGUGAUCGUUGGUCUUCCCGACUCUUCCAAAGUGAUGACCGACGAAAUAUUCGGUCCAGUUGUGUGCAUCACGCCGUUUGAAACAUCGGAAGUAAGUGAUACCAAACCAUCUUCAUACAACGCCACACUCACUGAUAAUACAGGAAGUGAUUGAAAGAGCAAACUCCACAAAUUAUGGGCUAUCAGCGACCGUAUGGAGCGCCAAUACCGAUGAGCUUUUGAACACGGCCAAUGAACUGCGCGCCGGAACCGUUUGGUGCAAUACUUGGCUGGUGAGCACGUGAAACAGUGCAUUUUCCUUGAAAAAUAAUAAAUUUCAGGCUCGUGAGCUGAGCAUGCCUUUCGGAGGGUGCAAACAAUCUGGAACCGGAAGAGAAGGUCUGCACGACUCACUCCACUUCUACUCGGACGCCAAGACUGUCUGCGUCAACUUGGCUUCUAAAUUCUAG